CCGACCAGUCAUCUCCAUAGUUGUGGUCAAAGAACACGUUUUUCUUCUUUUUGUGCUGUGUUUAUUUAAUUUAGUUGUAAUAAAUAUGCGUACUCUGCUCAUCUUCCUCUCAGUCCUGCUGGUGGCAUGGCUCGGGCAUGCUACUCCCAUCAACCCGGCCCGCCGCCUGGUGAACAGGCCGACGGAGGCGGGCGACUUGUACCCGCGCGCGCGCCGCUCGCCGCAGGAUGUGAAGGGAGGAUCGCCUAUUAAAGGUCGAGUCCCGCUGACCCGCACUCAGCCAGCACUUCGCAAAGGGGAAUACAUCUGCGGGGGACGCGUCUGCAAGCUGCAGCCGGGAGAGGUGCCCAAGGGAUGCAACGGGAUCUGCCAGUACCCUAUCUAGGAUAUUAAACUAGUCUUUAUUACU